AUGGAGGAAACAAGGUCCAGGUUCACAAGGAUUUGUGUGUUCUGCGGGAGCAGCUCAGGCAAGAAAGCUUCUUAUCAAGAAGCCGCCGUUGAGUUAGGGAAGGAACUGGUGGAGCGAAGGAUUGAUUUGGUGUAUGGAGGUGGGAGCGUGGGACUGAUGGGUCUUGUUUCUCAGGCUGUUCAUGAUGGCGGGCGCCAUGUUCUAGGAGUUAUUCCAAGGACCCUAAUGCCCAGAGAGUUAACUGGGGAGACCGUUGGCGAAGUGAGAGCUGUAUCAGAUAUGCAUCAAAGGAAAGCCGAGAUGGCCCGUCAAGCAGAUGCCUUCAUUGCCCUGCCUGGUGGGUAUGGUACUCUUGAAGAACUGCUUGAAGUCAUCACAUGGGCGCAACUUGGAAUCCAUAAAAAACCAGUCGGUCUUCUGAAUGUAGAUGGGUACUACAAUUCGUUAUUGUCUUUCAUUGAUAAGGCCGUUGAUGAAGGCUUUGUUUCACCAACUGCUCGUCGCAUAAUUGUGUCUGCCCCGACAGCUAAGGAACUAGUUAGAGGACUUGAGGAUUAUGUUCCAGAGUAUGACGAAGUAACAUCCAAGCUAGUUUGGGAGGAGGUGGAGAGACUGAGCUAUGUGCCUGAAUCUGGAGUGGCCACAUGA